AAUAGUGUACCGAAAAUGACAGUUACGGAACUAGCCGCUCAUGAACUGGAAUCAGUACCGGCCACCAUCCCUGCUUGUUUCAGCCCUGGACUUCUUGCAAAAGCAGAGUUGUCAAUCAAAACAAACCAAAAAGUGAUUUUUUAAAUGAUUUUUGAAUAUGACGACGAGCCUCUCGGAAUCCGAGGCCGCCGACGAAUUUAUUUGGCAACGAUGGUGUCGCCUGUGCGCCAAGGAUCAUCCUCAGAAUCGAAAUGUGUACUCCCGGGCGGCUGAAUCGCAAUCCUGGACAAAUAUGCUGGCGAUGACCAUCGGAAAAUACUUUUGGGUUGAUAUAAAACAGAAGGAUGAGCUGAGCAAUUACCUGUGUGCCGAAUGCUUCAAUAUGAUGGAAAGCUUAAUGGAAUUCUCGGAGAGAGUUCGAAGGGUUCAAACCCUUUUUAAUAGGCUGCAGACGGCUACAAAACCAGGAGCUUCAGUGGACUAUGAGGAACUGCGACAGGAUUGCGGCUUGGUGGACAAUGAUUGGAAACACUUAAUGUCCCAGAAUGUUAAACAGCUUUCUCCAAAAGAAGCUAUACAGAAAAUAAUAGAUCAAGUACCUCAAAUUGUUGAAGAUGCAGAUGCACUUUUAGACGAAAACGUAGAAAUUAUAGAGGAAGAGUUACAGUCAAUGGAACUGCAAACUGUCGAGGAAGAGGUGGAACUACAGGAGGCUCCCGAUUGCAUAGAGGAAGGGAAAAACAUACCCGAGGAGGAAUUCGAUGAGGAGUCUGAAAUAAUCGAGGAAAACUACAACAUCGAUGCCUACGAAGAAACCGCACAAGAGCAAGGCUCUCACGGAACGCUCAAAAAAUCAAAACUUAAAGCUAAGCUCAGCGAGGAGACACAGGAAGUCGAAGAAGAAGAUGACUUCUCCGCCGAGAAUCUCAUAGAGGAAGACCACGAACCCGCCAUUUACAAGUGUAGCAUCUGCAGCAAACCGUACAAAAAGCCAAAGUCCUACAAGCGACACAUGAUGGAUGUGCACAACGUGGUGCCUACGGAUCUGCCCAAUCUGGAGUGUAAUCAGUGUGGCAUAAUCUUUCCCACAGACAGCCAGCUUCAUGCCCACUAUCGCUCACAUUUGCCGGCCAACCUCAAGGCGGAUAACUCCUGCCCACACUGCGAAAAGCGAUUCACCACGCCGGGCACACUCAAGCGGCACAUUGAGGGGGUUCACAAGGGCAUCAAGCCAUUUACCUGUGACCUCUGCGGAAAGGGCUUUAAGUACAUCACUGGACUCAAGGAUCACAAGCUCGUACACACGGAUGAGUGUCCCUUUGAGUGCCCCGAUUGCCACAGACGGUUUAAGAACAAGGCCAGGUUAAAGAUCCAUUCUGAUACGCACAGUGCCAACAUUUACGAGUGCGGCAUAUGCGGCAUGAAGCUCAAAACCCGGCGGACCUUUAACAAACACAAGUUGGUCCAUUCGGACGAGCGGCAGUACAAGUGUGAUGUCUGCGGUUCAUCCUUCAAGCGAAGCAAGACAUUAAAGUCGCAUCUCAUCCUGCAUACGGGCAUCCGGCCGUACAAGUGCAACUUCUGCGGCAGGGAAUUCUCCAAUGGCUCCAACUGUAGAUCACACAAGCGACAGGCGCAUCCCAAGGAACUGGCUGAGGAAGAGUCGCGAGGGGUUUCUCGGUCCACACUGCUGCCAAUGCUGGAGGAACUGACCAAGGCGUCCAAACUCAUUAAGACACCUGCCAAGCCCAGCAAAACAAAGGGCAGUAUGCCGAAAGCUUCGUCUAAAAAGCCUGCAAUUGUCACUGAACCUUCCACAAAGGACACCGAAGGCGCUAUCCUCUAUGAAAUCGUCGAGGAGCUGGAUUACACUUAA